AUGCUUUGUUCCGAGUCAGAAAUACAUAAAGAAAAUUGUAUGUUGUUAACAUUAUUAAGUCCUGAACCUACAGGUUAUGUAUCAAAAGUUGAGCAAAAUCAAAUCGAGGAAUUGGAUGGAAUUUUUAAUAAAUUAUCCUUGGGAUUAAAUCAAUCCGUCCUUGAACCAUUAAUAAGACGACCAUCGCUUACAUGUGAUGAAAUAUCCCGUUUAAAUGCUCGAGACUUCGUUUUAAAACGUUGCAAUCAACAAGAACCAAUUGAUUUUGAUCUUUGCUAUCCGGACAGUCUUCUACAAAAAUGUCACAAAAUUGGAGAAGGUGUUUAUGGAGAAGUGUUUCUAUUGAAACAACCCCAAGGUCAUGCAACAGUUUUGAAAAUACAACCAAUCGAAGGUACAACGUACAUAAAUGGCGAACGUCAGAAGAAAUUCGAUGAGAUUAUUACUGAAAUAAUAAUAACCCAAGAAUUAAGUAAUCUACGAAGUGACAAUGAGUUGAAUCGAACAACUUGCUUCACAUAUCUACAGAAUGUACGAUGUGUACGUGGUAAAUAUCCUGUACGUUUAAUUGAUGGAUGGGAAUUGUAUGAAGAAUAUCAGGGCACUGAUAAUGAUCAUCCUGAAAUAUUUGGUGAUGAACAACUGUAUGUUGUUUUUGAAUUGGAAUAUGGUGGACGUGAUUUAGAAUCUUAUGAGUUUUUUAAUGCUGAACAAUCGCACUCAAUAUUUAUUCAGACUGCAAUAGCUUUGGGCAUUGCUGAAAAAGUAUUGUCAUUUGAACAUCGUGAUCUGCAUUGGGGUAAUCUGUUGAUACAACCAACAGAUGAUCAAUAUAUUGAUUUUAUUUUCAAUGGUAAUAAAAUCAGUGUUGAAACGCAUGGUGUAAAAGCAACCAUUAUUGAUUUUACAUUAUCACGAAUAACAUAUCAAAAUCGUUGUAUUUUCAAUAAUUUGGCAAAUGAACCAGAUCUAUUCCACGAAAACGAAUAA